ACUGUUCAGACAGGAGUUUGUGGCGGAGAGGGAGGGAGACUGUUCUGUACGGAGAGCAGAAACAGCUGCUAAAGAAAAAUGUCUUCAGUGCCUGACGGGAAGAAACUCGUCCGGAGCCCGAGCGGCCUUCGCAUGGUGCCGGAAAACGGCGCCUUCAACAGCCCGUUCUCCCUGGACGAGCCGCAGUGGGUCCCGGAUAAAGAGUGCCCGAGAUGUAUGCAGUGUGACACCAAGUUCGACUUCAUCAGAAGAAAGCAUCACUGUCGGCGGUGCGGGCGGUGUUUCUGUGAUAAAUGCUGCAGUAAGAAGGUGGUGCUGCCGCGGAUGUGCUUUGUGGAUCCGGUGCGUCAGUGUGCAGAGUGCAGCCUGGUCUCCCAGAAAGAGAUGGAGUUCUACGAAAAACAGCUCAAAGUGCUUUUGGCAGGCGGUUCCUUCGUGGUCACUUUGGGAACGUCGGAGAAGUCUGACACCAUGAUGUGUCGUCUUUCCAACAACCACAGGUAUCUGUUCCUGGAUGGGGAGAGCCACUUUGAGGUGGAGUUCUCUCGAAUCUCCAGCAUGCAGAUUCUGACGGACGGGUCGAGUCCAGGAGGAAGCUCGUCGCGGGCCAGCGGCAUGCUGCUUCACUACAAACCGAUGGGCUCCCAGGAUGCUGAGCAGCUCCGCAUGGAGGCAGCAGACGACAAGAAGGUGGCCUCGUUAUGGUUAGCUGCGAUGCACAAGGCGGCCAAACUCCUGUAUGAAGCUCGUGACCUGUGACCUGCAGACGGCCUUCUGAACUGACCCUCCAGGCAGCACACACCCAAGUGUUCGUACCCCCGUCUCUCCGGGGGGGUUUUCGGUAGAGUUUUGCUUUUAUUAACGCCAGCUCUGAUUCUGCGUUUUCCGUCUGAUCUUUCGGCCUCUCGAUGACAUUUUUUUAUUACGGUAAUCUCAGCAAGAAACGUUUAUACAAAUGAGAAACACUUUAUUACCUCUUUAACCAGUACUUUGUACCUGUUUACUACAAUGAUGCUGAAGAUCUCAUUUUACAUUUUGUCAAAGUUUGUCUCUGAUUGAAUCAGGGCGUUUAAUGUUCCUGACAGCUGAGCAGCAGAAGACGCUUCACAACACCAGCAAGUAUCUGAUGCUUUUGCGACGCUUCUUCCUUUAAAUGUAUUUUGCUUUCACUCUAAAUGUGACAUUUUACCUUCCACAUAACAUUUUUUUUAUAACUUCAGAGAUGCCUUCAGAUAUAGAGGCUCGGUCGAUGACUUUAAAUGCUGCAGUUAGACGACGGUUUUAUUCACCAGAUGUGACACUUUAUGGAUCCCUUUUUUUUUUUUUUAAAUCUUUCACUUCGCUGACUCUCCUUCCAGAGUGUUUUCACUUAACGGUUAAACCAGUUUGAACACAGAUCUUCCAGAUUAAACAUCAUCUUAUGCAGAGUAACGGACAGAUCCACCUUUAACCCUUUAAAGCAGAAAGAAAAGCAGCUGUAGGUCAUGUUCUUUGCAUUUCAGGGCCCAUUUUGUUAUCAAUCUCAGAGAGAAGGUAAGAAACUUCACCGGAUCUGUCUGUGUCACGUUCCAAGUGAUUGGCUUUCAAUUUUGACACAUUUUAAUGGUUUUUCUGGUGUUUUUAUUAUUCUUUACAGUCACAUCAAAAAGCUGUUUGCUUCGAUGUGUUAAAAGGAAGAAUGUGCGACUGUUUGAAUCCACUAGAUGUCGCCCUUGAGCUACAGUAUGAAACCAAAACAAUCAGCUGUUUGGUGACACCUCCUCCAGACUGAACAUAUAUUUUAAAACCAACGACCAAUAAAUACAAUUUAAAAACUCCCACGAGUUAAUUUCACAUGUUAGAUAAGCUAAUGAAACCUCACCUAACCAGGUACAAUCAGUUUUUUAAAUAAUACCAGAGUGUGAGGAGUUCAAGUCAAGUGCUUAAAAUCAAAGUGAGGACUUCUUUUUCUACAUUUGUUUAAACUUUCAACAAACAUAAAUCAUUAAAAUCAACAGAAAAGAGCCACACAGAAAGCCCUUUAUUCCCUCGCUGGAGCAGCAGGUGGCAGUGUUAAGGAGUGAAAGGCAUCCUGGGAAAUGUAGGAUGCCCUAAGUGAAGCCGAGGCAGAUUGAGGGAAUAUUCCUGAAAUGCAAAGAACAUCAGAUUUAUCAACAAUUUGUAAACAAAAUGUUUGUUGCUUUAAAGUAAAUGAGUUAAUAACAUGUUAGGUGACGUGUUUUGUUGAUUUUAAAACGUGUUAAAAUCUCUGCUUUAGUCUUUACAGAUGCUACCUUUAGGACUCGAUGUCUAAGGAAACAAACUAUUCACUGAUUCUAGUGAAGCACACACACACACACACACACACACACACACACAAAUGCUUUAAAUGUACGUUCAUGUAUCCAAGUUUUUGUAUAAGCUAUUUUGUUAACUAUUCCUACUUUAACACAAGGCGUGUACGUACUCACAUAUGAUAGUUUUUGUAAUAUUUGUAAACGGUAAUUCCUCUAGUCCUUUCUCAAAGACCUGAACUGUCUCUUUUUCUUUUUUUUAAUUAUUAUUUUCAUAAUACUUAUUAAGACAGGAUGUGACCCAUCUUCCAUCUCCCAGAGGUUUUGAGUUUGAUGAUUCAGCAGGUUAUUAGUUGCACUUCCAAGGACCUAUCACUAACAAAGACUUAGUUCUGGCUGAGUCGGUGAAAGUGUUGUUUAAAAAAUGUGACAUAAUCGCUCUGAUCAGCAUUUUUAUUCUGUCAAAAAGUGUUUUUUAAAAAGUUAGCCCCAGUAUUUUGCCUCUUGUGAAAUAUCUUUACAAGACUGUUGAAACACUUACAACUCCUGUGAGGAACUUUAAGUUAGGGUUGAUUUCAGCGCCCCCCUGUGGGGAGGCGGUACCUCUAAUCUCAUUGCUGAUUUUGUCCUGUACGUGUCGUACCUUUUGGUCUGACCCUGCGGCAGUAGUUUCAGGCAUUAAAGGUCUCCUCCUCUUCAACCAGUUUAAAUAAGUCUCAGAUCUCCUCAAAACAUGUGUGUCAAGUUUCUUGUUCUAAAU